AUGAUCCUAAAUAGCUCACGUCGCUUCCACGUCUUUGUCUUGACACUAUCUGUUGUAAUCUACAGCGCCUUUUGCUCGUCGCUGCCUGAUGCUGCAAACAUUACGCUGACCAUGAACGCUGUGGACCAGGAUUUCUGUGACUCAACAAAGCAGCUAAGUGGUUACUUCAAGAUCACGGGCUCCAAGUCAAAGAAUUACUUUUACUGGUUCUUCGAGUCACGAGGAUCCCCUUCCACUGAUCCUUUGAUCAUCUGGCUCACUGGUGGCCCUGGUUGCAGCUCUAUCUUGGCGUUACUUCAGGAGAACGGUCCAUGUUCGGUCAACGAUGACUUGUCGCUCAAGCGGAACCCUUUUUCGUGGACAGAGCGUGCUAAUGUCAUGUGGAUUGAUCAGCCAGUGGGUGUGGGGUUUAGCUAUGGAGACGUGAGUGAAUACGAUACGACGGAAAAGGAAGUGGGUGACGACAUGUUUUACUUUUUACAGGAAUUCUUCAAAGCCAAACCGGAGUACAAGGACCUGCCCUUCUAUGUCUUUGGAGAGAGCUAUGCUGGUCACUAUGUGCCUGCUAUUGCCCAUCGGAUCUUUACGGGCAACAACAACCACGAGGGAUUCGUGCACAUUAAUUUACAAGGCUUUGGCAUUGGUAAUGGUCUUACGGACCCAGAGGUGCAGUACAAGUACUAUCCGGACAUGGCGUACAAUAAUACGUAUGGAAUCAAGGCAGUGUCGUAUCCCGUCUAUCUGGCGAUGAAAGCGGCCGUGUCACCAUGUGUAGCUAUGAUCUCUAGCUGCCAGUCGACCAAAGUAGCGUGUCUGGCGGCGCAGACAUUCUGUAAUGCUGCGCUAGUGACGCCGUACACAGCGUCGGGCUUGAAUGUGUAUGACAUUCGAGCCAAGUGUGAGCAUUUUCCUAUGUGUUACGACUUCAGUCACGUGGAAAAGUUUUUGAGGCUUGAAAACACGUUGGAGAAGCUACAUGUGAGUCCGAAGAGCUCCAAGUGGCAGAGCUGCAACAUGGCAGUCCACGCGGGCUUUUCAUUCGACUGGAUGAAGAAUUUUCAGCAGCUUGUGCCACCAAUGCUUGAGGCAGGCAUUCGAGGGUUGGUCUAUGCAGGCGACGCUGAUUUCAUCGUAAACUGGAUGGGCUGCAAGGCGUGGACGCUGCAGCUGCCAUGGAGCAAGCACAACGAGUUUCUGGCUGCUGAAGAUAAGGACUGGUACGUGGAUGGCAAGAAGGCUGGCAGGAUUCGUCAAAUUGGGCCAUUUGGUUUUCAGCAAGUGUAUGAGGCUGGGCACAUGGUUCCUCUUGACCAACCCAAGAACGCGCUGGCAAUGCUUAAGGCCUUUACGUUGCCUAAGGAGCAAAAUGGUGAAAACGAAUAUCUUGUGGAUAAUGCAGAGCAACAGUCGUUGGACAAGGAGGUGCUGACUAAGGACGAAAGCGUCAUGAGCAUCAUGUAA